AUGGCCUCCGCCCCCGCCGGCUACGACCGCCUCAGCAAGCUCAAGGCCUUCGACGACACCAAGGCCGGCGUCAAGGGUCUCGUCGACGCCGGCGUCACCGCCGUCCCCCGCAUCUUCCACCACCUUGCCCCUGCACUUCCUCAUCAGGUCCACCACGACAAAACCACCACCAGCAUCCCGGUCAUCGACCUCGCUGCUGCAGGCGUCGGAACAGCCGACCUGGUCGCCCAGGUCAAGGCGGCCGCCGAGACCGUCGGCUUCUUCCAGGUGCUCAACCACGGCGUGCCGGAGGCCUCCAUGUCCGAGAUGCUCGCGUCGAUCAAGAGCUUCAACGAGGAGCCCGCGGAGGCCAAGAGGCCCUACUACACCAGGGACCCCAAGAGGCGCGUCAGGUACCAGAGCAACUUCGACCUCUUCCAGUCGCCCGCGGCCAACUGGCGCGACACCCUCUUCCUGGAGAUGGCUCCCACGGGGCCGGCGCCGGACGACAUCCCGCCGGCGUGCAGGGCCAUCGUGUCGGAGUACACGAGGCAGGUGCAGAGUCUGGGGCGCGCGCUGCUGGAGCUGCUGUCGGAGGCCCUGGGCCUCCACGGGGGGUACCUGGAGCACGUCGCCGGUUGCCUGGACGGGAUCGUCGUGGCCAGCCACUACUACCCGCCGUGCCCGGAGCCGCACCUGACGCUGGGGACCACCAGGCACUCGGACCCCAGCUUCCUGACGGUGCUCCUCCAGGACGGCGUCGGCGGCCUGCAGGUGCUCCUAGGCGAGCGAUGGGUGGACGUGGCUCCCGUGGCCGGCGCGCUUGUCGUCAACAUCGGCGACCUCCUUCAGCUCAUGUCCAACGACAGGUUCAAGAGCGUGGAGCACCGGGUGGUGGCCACGACCGCCGGCCCGCGAGUGUCGGUGGCCUGCUUCUUUAGGACGAACGGCCCUGCGGCAUCCAGCAGGGUGUACGGCCCGAUCAUCAGCAAGGAACAGGACCCUCCUGGCCCUGGGUACAGGAGCGUCGCGGUGGAGGAGUUCCUCGGCUACUACAAACACAAGGGCCUCGACGGCCGAUCUGCACUAGACCACUUCAGGCUACCUCCAUAGGAGAGAUCUCUCCUUGAUUUGGGACAGUACCACCCAUGACAAGGGACUCCAUCGUCUUGUUACGCACACAGAUCCACAUUUAUGUCAGUAUUUGACUACUAUUUCUAUUUGUGUGUCGAUUAAAUGGAAAAUAAGUAGCAGCCACUUGUUGAUCACUACAAACUGACUGAAUAAGUAGCGCCACUUGCUGAUCGCUGCACAGUCAACAAGUUAUAUGGUAUAUAUAUUAUGUGCAUAGUCUUAAUUUUA